CAACGAAAACACCCAUGGCUGACCAAGACAACACAAAGAAAGCCGAGCUCGUCUUCCUCCCAACACCCGGACUCAUCGGCCACCUCGUCUCCACCAUUGGGUUCGUCAAGCGUUUGCUCGACAGAGACGACAGGUUCUCUGUAACUGUUCUCGUUAUUAAGCCAUGGUUUGCCUCUGAUAAAUACAGUACCGAAUCACUAGCUGCAUUAGAUUCACGAGUACGAUAUAUAACUCUGCCUUCUGUUGAGUCUUCUUCCUACGAUCUCAAUAAGUCCCCGGAUUUGUUUCUUGAUCUUUUCGUGGAGAGACACAAACCUUACGUCAAGGAAGCUUUGGUUACAGAAUUUCUGGGUUCCAACUCAGCUCGACUUGUUGGACUCGUUGUUGAUAUGUUCUGCAGUCCCAUGAUUGAGUUAGCGAAUGAACUUGAUAUUCCUUGUUAUAUUUUCUAUACUUCUAGUGCUGCUAUUCUUGGUCUUAUUCUUAGUCUUUCGACUUGGCAUGACCAGACGGGCCUAGAGUUUGAAAAAUUGAACGAGUCAGAGUCAGUAGUCGUCCCGAGUUACUCCAACCCAGUACCAGUUUCCGUUUUACCGUCAUUUUUGUUUGAAAAAUAUGGAUACACCAUUUCAGUAGAUCGGGGAAAAAAGUUCAAACGAACCAAGGGAAUCAUCGUUAAUACGUUUGCAGAUCUUGAGCCACAUGCAAUGAAGUCGUUGUCCUCUGAUGGAUCUAUACCGGCGGUUUAUACCGUCGGUCCUAUUGUUGACAUCGAAGGUCAAACUCAUAUUCAUGCAGGGUUUUCCGAAGAAGGAAACCAACGAGACAGGAUCAUGGAAUGGCUUGAGGCUCAACCUCCAUCGUCAGUGGUGUUUUUAUGUUUCGGGAGUGUUGGUAUCUUCGAUGAAUCGCAGCUGAAACAGAUCGCAAUCGGGCUCGAGCGAAGUGGGCUCCGUUUCUUGUGGCCCAUACGUCGGCCCAAGUCGAGCAACCAACUCGCCGUUCUCGCCGAUAUGUUACCAGACGGGUUCUUAGAGAGAACGAGAGAUAGAGCAAUGGUGUGCGAGGGAUGGGCGCCGCAGGCGGAGGUUUUGGCCCACCGAGCGACUGGAGCUUUUCUGACGCACUGUGGGUGGAAUUCGAUCUUGGAGAGUGUGUGGUGCGGAGUGCCGAUGGUGACAUGGCCGAUGUACGCAGAGCAGCAGAUUAAUAGUUUUGAGAUGGUGAAGGAAGCUGGGUUGGCAAUGGAGAUGAGAUUGGAUUACCGGAAGGAGGAUUAUCGACCAGUGGAGCUUCGUUUGAAGAACGAUGGUGAGAUUGUGAUGGCGGAUGAGAUAGAGAAAGCGGUGGUGCGUGUGAUGAGCAGUGAGAGCGAAGAGAUGAGAAGAAAGGUUAAAGAAAUGAGCGUGAAGAGCAGAGAAGUUUUGACGGAGAAUGGAUCUUCUUUUGAUUCGCUUGGGAGAUUGAUCCGGGUUAUGUUAGGUAGGAUCAAUUAAUUGAGAUUAAUUUCUCUUUUUUCUCGAGAUUCUUGCUUAAGAAAAGUUUCAGAUAGACAGAAGAAAGUUUCUUUCAAAGCUCUGUAAACAGUAAUGAAGACGAAGAUGAAACUAAAAUUAAAAUUAAAAAAAUGAAUUAUUAUUAC